AUGAACCUCAUUGAUGAGGCCCUGCUACAGUACCCCGACUGACAAGGACAGCCCUUCCUUUGGAAAGAGCUGGCCAGCUUCUUGACCUACUACUGCAAGGCACCUACACCCCUUGAUCCAGAAAAUGUGGUGGUUCUAAAUGACUGCAGCUCAGUCUUGUCUUCGCUGGCCAUGGUUCUGUGUAACCCAGGUGAUGCCUUUCUGGUCCCUACACUGUACUACAGUACCUUCACCUUUAGCUCCUACCUUUAUUCGAAAGUUGAGCUUAUUUCUGUCCACUUGAAAAGCUAGGUCAACGAGGCCAACUCGUAUUUUUUCAAACUCACCAUGGAUAAGCUGGAACUUACCCUGACUCAGGCUAAGAUGAAGGCAAAAGAGGUCAAAGGCCUUAUGCUACUCAACCCCCAGAAUCCUCUGGGUGAUUUCUACAACCAACUGAUGAUGAAAGAUUACCUGGCCUUUGCCAAGAAUCACAAACUACAUGUGAUCGUAGACAAGAUUUACAUGCUGUCUGUGUUUGAUAUAGCCGUCAGAUUUCGCAGUGUUCUGAAUAUGAAACACUUGCCUGACCCUAACAAGACCCAUAUGAUCUGGGGCACCAGUAAGGAUUUUGGCAUGGCUGGCUUCCGCUUUGGUGUUCUCUAUACACACAACAAGGAGGUAGCCUCUGCCAUGAGAGCUUUUGGCUACCUCCACGGUAUCGCUGGCAUUACACAGUACAAGCUGUGCCAGCUGCUCCAGGACAAAGAAUGGAUAGACUGGAUCGACCUGCCUAUGAACCACAGUCGGCUCCGGAAGGCUUACGUCUAUGUCACUAAGAGGCUGGAGAGGCUGAAGAUCCCUUUUAAGAGGCUGGAGAGGCUGAAGAUCCCUUUUAUCACGGGUGGCUGUGGUCUCUAUGUCUGGAUCAACCCC